GUUAUGUGUAAACAUAUAACACUGUGCCUGGACAAUCUCGCUGUAACAGCUUCUGUACACGUUAGGACUGCGGCUCAAAGGUUAGGACUCAAAUUUGUAGUUUAUAAGUAGAUAUGCUCGCCCGGUGGAGUACGACGACACUUUUGCUUGUGAUUGCUAGUUGUUUUAUGGUAGCGAGUAUUGCAUUGUAUUUCGACGAAUACCUAAGCAUAAAGAGGGAUCAAAUUUGGAAAGUUGCUCCUUCGAUUCUACUAUUCAACCAAGCCAGUAGGAGACAAGUAAUUUCAUUUGAAAAAGACUUCGAGUUAAACAUUUCCGCCGCGUCUAAGCCAGAGUUUGCUAGCGUUCGGUUUCGUCGACGUUUAGAUCAUUUACACCAUGUGUGUGAUGCUGGAAUAAGGCAGGGGAUUUGGGAACAGGCUGAGAGGGUCCGACGGCAAGAUACUUGGGUACAGAACGAUAACUUUUUGGUUGUACCAGGAACUAACUUUAUGAUGUGUGUGUUGCCAAAAUGCGGCAGUUCCAGCUGGCAUUGGCUGACUCGGGACUUGAGAGAGCCUUUAUCUGCUGGCCACGAAUUUGGGUGGCAAGAUCGGCAAAAGAAUACACAAAUCAUGCAGGAUUUAAGUCCGGACGAUGGGGCAAAACUCAUGUCAAACGAAAAUGCGUUCAGGGGGAUAUCAGUGAGACACCCGUUUAGUAAACUAGUUUCGGGAUGGAACCAAAAAUUAGCAAGAGAGCUUACUUACGCAAGCUUUCUGUUAGAAGCUUACCCGCAUAUGCAGGAAUAUGCUGACGAUACCGAUAAGCUGCAUGUCCUAACUUUCGAGAACAUGGCAGAAUACAUUGCUGCUUAUGGGCAUGACGUUGAUAACCUUGAUUACCACUUUCUACCAAUGGAAUAUCUUUGCCAGCCAUGUUUAUACCCAUAUAACUACGUAAUUAAAAUUGAGUCAAUGGGAAAUGACCAAAAUUGGCUUACUCACGAAUUAAAUGUCGAAAGAAUGCCUUGGCAGGAAAAAGGGCCCGGCUAUUUCAAUGCAAAUCAAACGAAUCCAGUCAAUAUUCUGCGCACUUAUUUUAAAAACGUCAGGAAAGAAACGAUAUUGAAACUCAUGGAUAUUUAUUAUUACGACUUCGUUCUUUUUGGUUAUACAUUUGAUGUCGACACUUUAACACCCGGUGGACUUGUAUAGGGAAAUUUCACAGCUGAAAUUUCGGAUCGUUGCGUGGGUUCCUGUUUCGUACUUACCAUGCGUUAACCCAAAAUGGUACUUUAAUGGGCAGACAUUUGUUCUAUACACGACUUCCUGUACUAAAACAUGGUAAACUAAUAAACCAUAACAUGUUGGCUAAGGUUGAUCGUUAACUGAUAAUUCAUGACGCUUGGUUUGCGUUUUUUCAUUACAAUUUACUACCUGA